ACGGCGUGUCAGCCAGCUUGAAAUACUCUGCCUUGGCGCCCGAACGUAACCGCCACAACCAACAGCUUUCGCUUCUCAUCUUCUCCUCCUCGCCGGAGCCCCAAGAAACCAAGAACUCAUCCUCCCCACCGCGCAGCGCCCACCGUCUCUGCUCUCCAGCGGCGCCCGCGGCAGAUGGAGCAUCUCCAGGACGGCCACUACGUGCGGCUGCGGAGCCGCGUGCACGGCACGUACCUGCACGCCGACGAGGACGGGCAUGGCGUCUCCCUCCACCACCGCCGGGAUUCCAUGAACGCGGCUUGGGCGGUGCACUUGUACCACCAGGGCAAUGCCGACGCCCUGGCCCAGCACAUGCUUCUCUACAGCGCCGCCUACGGCCGCUACCUCGUCGCCACGAACGCGCCGGCGCCGCUGGGCCACCGCGGGCGCCGCGUCGAGCAGCGCAACUACGAUGAUCAAGAGGAGGAGGCCAUCAGGUGGGAGCCCGUCGCCGUCGGGGCCGACUCCGGGAACGACGUCCUGCUCCGCAACGUCGCCGGCCGCCACCUCCGCAACGGCGCCUGGCGCUACCUCCGCGCCAACGGCAGGUACAUCCACACCGGCGCCAGCGUCGACGCCUUCGACAACUUCAGCACGAAGAUGCACUGGGUGGUGGAGCCCAUCCCCGUCAGGGCCGCCAUGCCUCUCCUUCGACCUCCGACUAGGGUCAGGCUUCCCUUCACCCGAAGAGUCAUCACCGUGUUGCCGAUGCCGUCGCGGGUGAUCGUGUACGUGCGGGCGGGCGCCGACGGGAGCCGCAUCGCCCGCGGCGCCUUCGUGUUCGAGGGGAACUCCGUGUUCGACCUGAGGGAAACUCUGAUCCGCCGCCUGGAGGCCACCAUGGGCGUCUCCGACGUCGCCAUGUGCGUCGAAGCGGGUACUUUCGGGCGGCCUACCCCACUCGUCGUCGACCUGCCCCGCAGCCGCCAGAACCUCCACAUCCUCGUCUUCGCGGUCGGGACGCCAGGUGAAUGA